CCCAUACGGCUACGGACACUUCCGCCGCCCCAAAUGACACGGCGGAGCAGCUCUCUCUGGUUUUCCGCAGACGGCGAACUUCCGUCCACUAGCAAAAUAGUAAAAAAGAAAUCUCAUCUCCUGAAAACUAAAUAGUAAUACCUUUUAUCUUCUUCUUCUUCACAGUCUCGCUAUUUUCAUACCAUUCCUUCGCGCUUCCAAUGGCGGCUUUUACUCUCUCGUCUUCGCUCACUCCCAAAACCCUAACCCGUUCCCUGUCUCACCCCAAACCGUCAUUGCCGCCUUCCUCCUCCCUUUCCGUACCUCAAUCAUGGAGCUGCCGGAAUUGGAGCUCCGUCCGCUCGCAGCCGCGGCAUUCAUUUGCUCGCGCCGCCCUGGACUCCGAUUAUUCGUCGCGGAGGAGCAGCAGCGGCAGCGAGCAGAGGGAGACGAUAAUGUUGCCCGGUUGUGACUACAACCACUGGCUGAUUGUGAUGGAGUUCCCCAAAGAUCCGGCGCCGAGUAGAGAGCAGAUGAUCGAUACUUAUCUCAAUACUCUCGCUACCGUCCUUGGCAGCAUGGAAGAGGCAAAGAAGAAUAUGUAUGCUUUCAGUACGACGACCUACACCGGGUUUCAGUGCACGGUGGAUGAAGCUACCUCCGAGAAAUUCAAGGGCUUGCCAGGAGUGCUGUGGGUGCUGCCUGACUCCUAUAUAGAUGUUAAGAACAAAGACUAUGGAGGGGACAAGUAUGUGAAUGGGGAGAUCAUACCGUGCACUUACCCUACUUAUCAACCGAAGCAGCGAAAGAGUUCCAAAUACGAGAGUAAAAGGUACGAGAGACGAAGAGAUGGUCCGCCUGCUAAUCAAAGAAGACCAUCACAACCACAGGCUGCAAGCUCGCCUGAGCCAUCCUCCUCUGCAUAAUUCUAGCAUAGACUGUCAUCCUUGAGCUUUUCAAUGGUGUUCUCUUCUGUGAUUGAUGUUCCUUGUCGUGGAGCAAAUUGUGAUUUUGGGUUCAUUCCUCUUUUGAGCUGGGACUUCCCUCCAGAGCAGAUCUUGUAUGCAUUGUAGGAUCAGAUAGGUAAGUUCUGAGUCUAUUGUUUGGACAAUGUGGCCUCUCAUUACUUACGGAGAAAGGGAAUGUGAUGGGAUUACAUGCCAUAGGAACUCGAAACUGUAAUAUAGACUCUGGAUUGUGAAUUUUGAUCUGUUUCCAUGUCCAGAGAUUUACGGCCGGUGGCCAAAGAAGUUGAGCAAAUCAAAUCUUCAUUUGGAUCGCCUUCGGACAUACUGAAUAUAAUUCAAUUUGCUUCUCAAGUUCAAGACCCUUCUACUAUGGUCUUAUUUUCCCAUUUCUGUUGAUAAUGAUAUUAGCCCUAUGUUGAUUCGAUUCAAUCUGAUUUCGGACCAGACUGGACCAGGUUCAACAUUGAUCGUCUUUGCUUUGCAUAACAUGGUUUCUCUCUCAACCAUGUUGCCUCCCGGUUACACUCUAAAGCCAAGAGUCGUGAGUCAGGUAACCUUAUGGCGUCAUCGUAUUGUAGGACCUUGCUACACAUGUCCUUCUAAAGGGACAACACACAAACGUGAGAAAUGCAAAAACUCUGCACAUGCUUGAUGCUUCCUUCCUUCCCAUCAACCACAGUCAAUUUCAACAAUCAUUGAACCUCCGUUCGGUAAAAAAGGAAGGGGUUUUGUGUAAUCCGCCGUCGAUUGUGUUUCCUUUCCCUUGUUUCAGAUAAGGUUUGUAAGGUGUAGAUUCAAUGCCUUGUUCACAACACUUCUGAAAGUAGGUAGAGAGCACAGUAUCUCUAUAACGUUUACCCUUUUAGAUCCGAAAGGAAGAAGACGCAAUUGAUCUCCGGCGGGGGGGAAAAAUGGCCUACCACGACAGCAACGGUGGCUACUUCUUCGACGGUGAGUACCCUUUGACCCAUUACCACAAUUACCCUCGUCAUUAUCAGUAUGAUUACGUUCCAGUCGUUCAAGAUCCAGCCUUUUACUACAACAACAAUGUCGAAGAACAUCCUCCAUUUUCGAGCUCCAAUUCAGCUGCAUACUGUCACGCCUAUGCGACCACUGCCAGCCAGCCUCUGUUCCUCGCCUAUGAACCAGACGAGAGCUUCACUCACUACUCCGAAUUCCAACAAACUCGACCGAUUGUUUCGUACUCUGUUUCGGAUUUCAACGAGACCGAUUACGAGGAGUACGAUCCCACUCCUUACGGCGGCGGCUACGAUCUAGUACAAACCUACGGCAAGCCGCUCCCCUACUCCGACGACACCUGCUACCCUCGUUCCACCGCGGGCCCAAUUCCCGCCGCCGCCCCAAUUGCAAAACAUCCCCAAAUUGGAAACGAGAAACAACCCACUAGUCCGAAAGCUCCGGCGGUGGAGGAGGAGAAGCACACGAUCCCAGAAGCAGAGGAUGGAGGAAUUGGGGGAGGGUACGGUUUUGAUGGCGGGGAAGCGGGUCGGGUUGUUCCGGCUGGUUACGGGUUGGAGACGGUGGAUCUGUGCGAGAGUCUGUUCGGAAAUUGGCCGUGCCUGGAGAAAUUUAGGAGAGAAAAUGAUUAUGGGAAGAUGGGAGGUGGGGAUUGUGGGAUUAGCAAUGGAGGAGAGUGGAAUGAGAUGGCGGCUGAUUAUCUGUUUGGGAGUUCGUAUGAUCCGUAUGAUGGGGAAAGGAGGAAGGAUCCAUGGGGGUAUCAAUGGCGGGCUGAGAAUGAACAGGCGCUAACUCUGUACCCGCCGGCGGAUAAGUAUGUGGAAGAUUCGUGGUAAUAGUUAGUUUCCUCUCUCCGUUUGAGACUCGAACCUAGAGCUUAAUUGUCGUAUCAAGUAAUGGUACUAAUUCUUAUGGGAAGUGUACAAAAGAGUGAUUUGAGGGUUUGAAUAAGGCUUUUUUUGUAAGAUCUCAAAUGUUGGGACUCUUUAUUUUCCUAUUUGCACAAUGGGUUAGGGUUGAUUAUGACGUUUUGAGGUUUCCAAUGGCUAAUUAUUUUUCUCUUUUCUUUGUCUUGCUUCAUUCUUUAAAUUACAAUGCGUACAUUGUGUAUCA